CCUAUACCUGAGGAAGUUAGGCUGAUAUUAAGCCAUAUGAAUCACUAGUAGAUGCAGAAGGUAGCAAAUCCCAGUAGUUAGCAAGUGUAAAUAAAUAAACGCAUUAUACGUACACCAAGCCACUUGGAAAGACUACACACCAAACACCAUAAAGAAACGCAACGCCACGUACUAUAUCCGCGCAAUUUAUUCCGACACCUGAUCUCACACGUACAUCUUAUUCUGACAAAGAACACGUGCGACGACGACGCAAGUGCACCGCAACAACAACAACAACAACAGCAGCAACAAUGACAUCACUAGAUACGGAGCAGCGACCAGCCUACGACGCAGACGACAACGCCUCCAAGAAAACCUCAACAAUCAUCAUCGCCGCCGGCGUCACCUCCAUUGUCAUCUCCGCCCUCGGCAUCGUCCUCGUGCUCGUCGCUGCGCUCGCCGACGACAUUGACGACGACGCCGAGGAUGUUCUCUGGCCGGUCGGCUGGACGUUCGCCGUCCUCGGAUGCGUCGCCUUCCUCACCGUCGUCGGCACGCGUAUCUGGUUGGAGCGCAGUGCGCUGCAGACGCAGCAGCAGCAGCAGCAGCAGCGGGAGCGGCAGGAGAACAGCAUCAACGAGAGCAGGAGCGCGAGGAGAGAGAAGGGCGCCAGCGCCGCAGCGGGAGGAGGAGCCGACGUCAUCCGGCAGUCGGGAUUCGAGAUGCAAUCAGCGAAACCCGACAAAGAAGUGGCAUACGAAUAUCAUGAGGUGACCAGUAAAAAUGAAUGGAGAGAAAAAGAUCAAGAAAUGCCGUUACCAGAAUCACCGACCGCGUAUCUUGACAUGAGUAUGUCAAAAGCAACAGGCAAAGAGCUGGCGAAGUCAGCAGACGAAGAUGUCGUUCCGUCAGCGCCGAACAUCUAUCAGAACCACACGAGUAACUACGGAGUCGAAAACUUAUACGAAAUACCAAAAUAGAUCGAAUCAUUUUACUUGCCAGUAUCUAUCUUUACGUCUUCUACUCAUCUCUACGCUUGUUUUUAUGACACCAAAUUGUGCACGUGUUAUCGCGUACCAUUAGCAAAAACAGAAUAGAAUAAUUUUACUUGCCAGAUCUCUAUACGUCUAGUUGAUGCUUGUUUUUAUAAUGACACCGAAUUGUGCACGUGUGAUCGCUUACUAUUUAGCAAAAAUAGAAUAGAAUUAUUUUACUUGCCAUAUCUAUCUGUAUAGAUCAUGCUUGUUUUUAUAAUGGCACCGAAUUGUGCACGUUUUAACGCUUACCAUUUAACAAAUGAAUGAAACAAGAACAUACAUACAUCAAUACAUAAACUGCAUGCUAACAACAGCUUUAUUCACUAAGAAUGCUUAGUUAUACAAGUCGCUGCUCCAUUGAAAGAAUAUAGGGCCAGAGUCCUACAUUAAACAUGAAACUUGCAUUCAUCAACCUACCGUGAUACAGCCGUUAAUAUAUAUAUAUAUAUAUAUAUAUACACGACAAGUAGUUAUACUACUUUCACUCAUACAGUAACAGCGUGAAUUACUGAUAACAAGUACUCGUAGACGUUGCUUUAAUUUAGUAACCGCAAAUGGUGACUUUUCCACUUUAACUAUGAAUAUAUCUAACAGAAUCUUCACACUUCAUUCACAUUCAGUGUGAGUUCAUGGUGCAGAUAUGUUCGUGUUUCAACUCGUCGGCAGUAGCAGAAGCAGUCAAAAUAAUAAGAUCACUUUGUAAUUUACCAGGACCCAUUACGCAGUUUGAUGAAUGCAAGAAGAAUAGCAAACGCAACAAAUGGAUUACUAUACUACACUAUCUAUCUAAUCGUAGAGUAACGGCCUGGUUCUUAGAUUAUUUUAUAGGUAGAAAGAAAAUAGCAGCAGGCAAAAAAGCGAAGCGAAACGAACCAAAAUUAAAAUAAUUGAGAAGAUUAUUUCUGGGAAAGUAAAGGAAAGGCAGAAAUAACACAAGGUUACAGAGUUCCUUUUACACCUUCAGGUCUGAAUUAACAAUCCCCCCCCUAGGUGCCAUACACUACCAAUGACGCCCCCAACCCUUCAUCUGGUUCUAUUCGGUCUUUGCAUAAUUAUAUCAUGGAGAGAGGGUGGGUUGGUCCCACUUUGAGGAUGUAUUGAAGUUUGAACACAGGCUCUACGUAGGUAGUGUGUGGGAGGAAAAAUGGUGGCGGUACAUGUUGAACUUCAGACUGCGGACUCCUUCAUUUUGCUGCGGACUACCUCUUUUUGAGGGAAGGGCCUGGAUGAUGGACUCCCUUGUUCAAAAGUUAAUUUCUACCCAUGUGAGGGUGUCAGUAGGUGACUACUGGAGUAGUUUCACGGAAUAAAGUUAUGCAAGUUUCAAAAAUAAAUAAAAAAAACUAUGCAAUGUUUGUGCUCUUUAUGCAAUGAUUUGCCCUAUUUUACAAGCUGAUACAAGUAGGUACAGAGUAUUGUGCAGUAGGAAUGUAAACCAUAGGCUGCUCACUAAUUAAUAAUAAAACAUGAACAAACGCUAUUAGUGUGGCAUUUUAUAUAAACGUGAUUCCGUUUGUGUAUGAAUAGAAUUUUAUUGAAUAUUUACGAAUAUAUUAUGGCUAAAGAAUUAUAGUUUUUUUUAAUGAAAACUGGGAUAUCAUUGGUAUGAGGUGCCCUUCGCAUUUUUUGUAUCAUGUCAAUUGUAUUACCUUAAAUAUAUGCUAUCAGUGAUCGACCUAAACGCACAUGUAAACACGCUGAUCUUCCUAUGUCAUUGCUAAAAUAUCCCAUAAUUUGGCUGCUGUUUUAUGCAAAUCAAGAAUAGGAAUUAUGCGCGUGUAACAACAGUAUUAAUACAAUGUCGUUUACUUUUAGUAAAACAUUGUUUAUUGUCAACUAAUGUGUACUAUAUUGUAUGUAUAAGAUGCUUCAAAAUCACUUCCAACACAUCCAUUCGGCUUAAUUCUAUCAGAUGAACCUAUUCAGAUUUAUUUCAAUCACAGCAUUACAUAGAGAUUGGUAAACCCAAAGUUAUGAGAGGUAAUUAUGGAUCUCAAUAAAAGGAAGAGAAAUACUUUUCACCUAGAGAAAUCU